CCAAAAUCACAAUUUCGCCUCUCUGCACUAGCUAUUCUGCACAGUGCCUUGGUACAGUAUCAUUGAGUGAAGGAGGCAAAUAGGGAACUCCGAAGUUUAUACUUAUUUUUCUCCGUGCUUUAUCCGGCAUCAUAUGCACUUUUUCACAUGGUUUGGUGCUUACUAGCCCCUUCUUAUCAUUGUGCCUGUCUCAGACGCUAAAACAGUUGAUUUUCACUCCAUAGUAGGAGAAGGAAGGAAAGGGCACUAACGGGCCCUGCUGCAUACUACCUUACAGACUGGAGAUAAUAUAUUAGGAAAAUUACAUAUCCCCACUUGAACCCUCGCUGGGUCGGUCCAAGUGUCUGGCACUCCUUGAGUAUAUCUUAAUCCUGUCUUUUCCUUCUCUUAGAGUCUUCAAGUGGAUCGAGUCCGUUUAUAUGUUUCUUUCUCCGCUAUAUUAAUAUAUAUGCCACAUUCCUUCAUCCACAAUUGAGUAUCGAACUUUCUUUCCCACACCCAUCGAAACGGAAAAUCGAGCCGGGAGCUUCGAUACGGAUCAAUUCCUAAUAUGGCUCAUAUUUCCGAGUACUUGGUCGAUGCUACGAGCAGUGUUGGCUUAUGUAACUUAAUAGCUCGCGAGACGGGGGUAUCUUCUUCACCUCAAGAUAUUCCUUCAGAAUCCCCAGUUAUGGAAGAGAAAGAAAAACAUAUUUGGCGAAUGCAUCAACCUAGUGAAGCACCACGAAAAUACAGUAUAUUUCCUUCCAAAGAGAAGCCAUCAAUUGGCUCAGAUCGACAAAGUCCAGAAUCCUCAUUGGGAGAGAAGCACAACGUUCAAAAGCCCAAAGAAUUGAACAAACGAAGGAAGCCAAGUGUCACCGAAUUAGGACCAAUGACUACUGUACAUGAAGUUUCGAUGGAUUCCCCUACUAUUCCAGGACGACCUCCUCUACACGAAAGAUCUUUCAGUGCACCAGGUGGUAAAUGGAGACAGCAUACAUAUGGCGAAUCUUUAGUUGCAUGUAUUGAGGGACCAAUUCUAGAUGAGAAUGCAGAGAUUGAACACGAAAUCAAUGAAUCCAACUUUUUCAAAAGACAACGAUCAAAUUUUAACUGCCGUUCGAAAUCACCCAAACCACUUUCACCAAAAUCUUUGGCUCCUCUAUAUAUCCCAUCCAGAAAUGCUCCAAUGCCACCAAGAAUUCGUACUCAGUCUUCACCAAGUACACUUAGAUCACCAAUGCCACCACAAGUGCCACCAAAGUCUGCUAGAAUGAUGGAGCAAUCUCCAUAUCAUAGAUCUUCUCCUUACACCCCUUCAUCAUCUGUUAGUGCUUCUACAGCAGCAACCACUCCAAGUUCUCCACGAGAAGGACGAUCUUCUCCGAAACCUUGGAUGAGCACUGGUCGAUCAUCACCAAAACCAUGGAUGAAUUUACUCUCCGGACGAUCAUCUCCUAAACCGACCAAAGAUGCUUCAUACAUCAUGCAGCAAAGCGCAAAUUCCAGCUCAGUCACUCUUCCACUUCCAACCCCUCGACGAAAAUCCCCCGGUCAUUUUCGCAAUCAAUCCGAGAACUUCGUUCGACAGCCACGAGCUGGAAAUCUUAGUCACGAUGUACCUCAUAGACGAGGGGGGUCUGAAUCUGGUCCCUCAAUCAUGGAUCGAGGAAGACCUAAGAAGCGAAGUGAUGGAUCACCCAUCAAAGCAUCAGCUCCCAGGCUCUUACCUUCAAAACGCUCUCCUACUUCCGAGGAGCAAUUGGCUUUCGAAUAUUUACCACAUGGUGUCAAGGCUGCUCAAGCAAGUUCAAAAUUGACUCAAACGGAAAUGGAGACACUUAGAUGUCAGGCUAUUGGCCAAGUUUGUCGCUUUGAGGUUCUCAAUUCAAGAGAUGUUGAUUCUCUUUCAAGAGAACUCCGCGCUCUCGACGAACGCUGUCUCUACCUCCGCAAAACCCACCGUUCCCUCCGUGCCGGACGUCGCAACCUGCACGAUCGCAUUUGUACCUAUCUCCGCUCGCCGCGCACCGCCAAAUUCUCCCACGAUGCCAUUCUCAAACAAGAAGAAGCACUCUCGGAACUCGAUUCCUCCAUCGACGACUGGAUAUCCAAACUCGAUCAGGCUGAGAACCGACGCACGCGCGUGCGUCAAAAGUUAUUGGAACAUGUUGCCGCUGCGGUCUUUAUGCCUGUCACUCCUCCUUCUGUUAGAAAACAUCAUAAUAGUGUAAAUACCAUUACACCACCACGCAGUCCCAUCAAGGGAAUUAGUCCUGUGCGAGAAAGUCAUCGCACCGUCGAUGUCAUGACUCCGCAACCGCGACUUUCCGAGGCGGAACUCAAAGAGAAGAAAGAAACCAGACGCAGAGCAGUAGAAUCUAUUCGCAUUUAUGCGGACUCGGAUGUCUUUGCUCUGUUGGCCGAUGUGGAAGAUGAGAUUAAUAGAAUGGGCGAUCCUAAUUUAUAUCCUUCGGAUGAGUCCCAAGAAGAGAAAGUAGUAGCUCAGCCACAAGCUCCACGAAACGAAAAGGUUACUGAAGCUUCCCAAGCUGAUUCCCAUUUCUCAUCUUCUGCGCCCGCGGUACCAAUGUCGCCUUUCUUACUCAGACCAAUGGUUUUCACCAUGCCUGCUGGAAAGCAAGGUGUUAAGAUUUAAAUCUCUCCCUACCUGUCCUCCCCUAUCUAUAUGCUCCUUUAUUCAUGUUGGCGAUUCUCCCAUACUUCUUGGUAUUUCCCCGCAUUAAUCUCGUUGGCGUUUUAUUUUCCGUGUAGAAACGUAUAAUGACUUUCACGAUUCACAUCGUCUGCUAUGAUAUGGCUGUUUUCUUUUUUGGUAACUCUAAUUUUAUUAUUCCUUUUUUCCUUUUUGUUAUACUCGAUUCUAUGAUACCAAUUUUAUUUUAAUUCUUAAAAGGGGAUUGUUGGCUUGGGGAGAUGUUAUACUAUACUGUCUAUCAUUUGGAUUUCUUUUGUAUUAUGGGAUGGAUGGAUUAUGGAUGGAUGGAUGGAUGAUUAUGGAUGGGUGGAUGGACGGGAGGAUGGAUGGAUGGAAGGGAGGAUGGAAUGUGUCAGGGUUUUUCUAUUGGGAGGAUUUGGGGUGGAAUGGAAGGGAAUGAAAAUGAAUAUAUAGAGCUACAGAGAUUAGCUAUCAAAAAAGAUAUGAAAAUAGGUAAAUAUCCAUAGGAUCUGGAAAAGGGAUGGCAU